CCGCUGGGCGGAGGCCGGGCCGGGCCGGCCAAGAUGGCGGAGGGGGUGCUGAGCCCCGGGGUGAAUCUGGAGGCCUUCUCUCAGGCCAUCGCCGCUAUCCAGGCGCUGCGCUCCAGCGUCACGCGGGUCUUCGACUGCCUGAAGGAUGGGAUGCGGAACAAGGAGACCCUGGAGGGCCGCGAGAAGGGCUUCGUGGCCGCCCUCCAAGAGAGCCUGCACUCCGUCAGCCGCGACCUGGGUGAACUGGAGCGUCUGAGCAACCUAGUUGGUAAACCCUCUGAGAACCAUCCCCUGCAUAACAGUGGACUGUUGAGCCUAGAUCCUGUUCAGGACAAAACACCUCUUUACAGCCAACUUCUUCAAGCCUACAAAUGGUCAAAUAAGUUGCAGUACCAUGCCGGGCUAGCAUCUGGCCUUUUGAAUCAGCAGUCUUUGAAACGUUCAGCCAACCAGAUGGGAGUAUCUGCAAAACGCAGACCAAAAGCCCAGCCAACAACUCUUGUCUUACCUCCUCAAUAUGUUGAUGAUGUGAUCAAUCGCAUUGAUAGGAUGUUCCCUGAAAUGUCAAUCCAGCUAUCACGGCCAAAUGGAACCUCGGCAAUGCUUCUGGUUACCUUAGGAAAAGUGUUAAAAGUGAUAGUGGUGAUGCGGAGCCUCUUCAUUGACCGGACAAUAGUAAAAGGGUACAAUGAAAAUGUCUAUACUGAAGAUGGCAAGCUUGAUAUAUGGUCUAAAUCCAACUAUCAAGUUUUUCAGAAGGUGACAGAUCAUGCGACCACUGCUCUAUUGCACUACCAGCUGCCUCAAAUGCCAGAUGUGGUAGUCAGAUCUUUCAUGACCUGGUUAAGAAGUUACAUAAAGCUGUUCCAGGCUCCAUGCCAGCGCUGCGGAAAGUUUCUGCAGGAUGGCCUGCCGCCCACGUGGAGGGAUUUCCGAACACUUGAAGCUUUUCAUGACACUUGCAGGCAGUAGUAGCCCAGCUCAGCCGUUGAUAGGCGAGGAGUGAACAAUCUGUCGGGCUCAGAAGAGAGCUGAUGGCUUAAUAGGUGGUGCCAUUUCUGAACCUUCCAUCCUGUACUAAGUAGUGAGGUUGCGCUAAUACAUUUGGCUAUUUAAAAGACAUUUGUCUGCAAGGUACCUGUGAGACUAAUCUAUUUUGAAGAAGACGGUAAGAAGCCGUACGUGAUCGCUUGAUGCUGAAAUGAUAUGUCUGCAGAGAUCUGACAGUAAUAAUCAUUAUUUUAAACCUAAAUAAAAAUAUCUGUGGACAGCUUGUUUUUGUGACAGAAUUCACAAUGUUGAAGACAUUUAUAAGCCUGAAAUAAAUUUUAUAUUCCAGAA